GCGAAGCCAUUCGUGUUGAACAUGGUUGCGCCAACGCUGGCAGAGAAGCCGACACUGCCGGCGAAUGUGCAUCGGUACGGAUGCGAGAAGGAAGACAUCAUGUUCGAAGUCCUGGACUCUGUCCUGACGGAAGCGGAGUGCCGUGCGUUGAUCACUCGCAUGUCACCGGCGCUUAAGAGCGUGAGCGGCGCGCUCUCCCGUUUGCACCCACUAGGCGAGCAGCGCACGUCCAAGACAGAGUACUGCUUGUCUGUCAUGGAGAACAAGCGCUUUGCCGACGUCAUUUGGCAGCGGCUUAUGGACAGCGAGGCGUUUGCGUCGAUUUACAAGUACACGCAACGCGAAGGGUGUGACAUGCCGUUGGGAUUGGCGCCUCGCCUCCGUUUGCUUCGGUACGAAGGAUCUGAUCGGUUCGACGCGCAUUACGAUCGGAUUGUCCCGGACGAAGCCACGAGAAGCGAGAGCCUCAUCACGGUGCUCAUCUACUUGAACGACGGCGGUGGCGUGGAUUUUCAUGGCGGCGAAACGCUGUACAUCAACCCAGACAACACUGACGACGCCGUGGGUGUUGUGCCAAAGACUGGCCGCGUUGUCCUGUUUGAGCACUGCUUGUUCCACGCAGGGUCUCCAUUGCAACACAUCGAUGAUGCAAUUGCGAACCGCAAGUAUGUGAUGCGAACGGACAUCUUGUUCCGGAUACAGGCAAAGAACCACGACAAGUACUAACACGAUGGCAAUCCAUGCGGGCUACACUGCCUCGAGCUUGGGACGGUGGUGAUGUGUCGUUUGUCGACGAUGGACGUUGUGUGCGCUUGAAUAGCAUGGCAGGCAAACCCGUCUUCCAGAGUGAACCUGA